UUCCCUACCCGACCUUGGCGGAUCGCGCCUGCGCGGUGGGGAGCAGCUCGCGGCUCCGGCUCGGCCUUGGGCUGGCUGCAGUCUUAGUGUGAGGGCGGCUGAAGUGGCUGGCACGUUUAUGAUGAGGCUUCUGCUACUUUUCCUGGUGGCGGCGUCGGCGGUGGUCCGGAGCGAUGCCUCGGCCAACAUGGGAGGCGUGCCUGGCAAGAGAUUAAAGAUGCAGUACGCCACGGGGCCGCUGCUCAAAUUCCAGAUAUGUGUUUCCUGAGGUUAUAGGCGGGUGUUUGAGGAGUACAUGCGGGUUAUUAGCCAGCGGUACCCAGACAUCCGCAUUGAAGGAGAGAAUUACCUCCCUCAACCGAUAUAUAGACAUAUAGCAUCUUUCCUGUCAGUCUUCAAGCUAGUAUUAAUAGGCUUAAUAAUCGUUGGCAAAGAUCCUUUUGCUUUUUUCGGCAUGCAAGCUCCUAGUAUCUGGCAAUGGGGCCAAGAAAAUAAGGUCUAUGCAUGUAUGAUGGUCUUCUUCUUGAGCAACAUGAUUGAGAACCAGUGUAUGUCAACAGGUGCAUUUGAGAUAACUUUGAAUGAUGUACCUGUGUGGUCUAAGCUGGAAUCCGGUCACCUUCCAUCCAUGCAACAGCUUGUUCAGAUUCUUGACAAUGAAAUGAAGCUCAAUGUGCAUAUGGAUUCAAUUCCACAUCAUCGAUCAUAGCCCCACCUAUCAGCACCGAAAACUCUUUUACAUUAAGGGAUUUUUGCAAGAGCAGCGGGACUGACGUUAUGAAGGCCUGUACUGAAGACAGCAAGCUGUUAGUACAGACCAGAUGCUUUCUUGGCAGGCUCGUUGUACCUCUUGGAAAACCUCAGUGCAAGACAGUUUUUCAGUGCUGGCACAUUUUGGAAUUCUGCACAUUCGUGGAGUGCAAUAACACUGUAUAGCUUUUUUUCUUCCCCAAAUCCAUUCAGUUAAUUUAAAAAAAAAAAUGCAGACAUUACUAUUUGUACCUUUUUUUCUUUGUCAUAUUUGAAAAAGUAGAAAAUGAGUUAAAAUUUGUUUUUUUUUCCCAAAGAUGUCUGUUAAAUCUGUUGUGAUUUUAUAUGAAUUUUCCUUUUUUAUAGUUUAAAAGUUGAUCUUUUCAGAUUGUAGCUAAAGUUCCCAAAUACUUUAUAAGAGUUUAUCAGACAUCUCUAAUUUGGUCAUGUCCAGUUUAUAUAGUUUUCAAAAUAUUGCAGAUUGUGAACAGUGCAUUAUAUAAGAUUAUGGGGAGAGAUCCUAUAUCCAGAGUACUCUACCAGUUUGUGUGUAUGUGUGUGUGCGUGUGUGUGAUUACCAGAGAACUACUAAAAGACCAACUGCUUUUUAAAUCCUGUUAUGUAGUUCAAGUGUCCUGCCUUGACCAAUUUAAUGAGUUGAUUAACUGGGCCUUUAUACUUAAUAAAAAACUAAGCAGAUGUAAGUUAAAAAGUUUGAAUUUAUUGCCCAACAUACCUAUUAACAUUACAUUUAACAGUUGUCAAUCUAAUUUUUUGUUUUUGACUCUCACAUUUCCUAGGGGAUGCAGUUUAGAGUCACACGAAUAAUAGGUCAUUUACCAUUUUUAGGAUAAUUGAUACUCCCCUCACCGAAGAAAGUUUAGUUGAACGUCUUUACAACGUUAAUAUUAGGUGAAUAGUGACACUUGUCUAAUAGUUUAACUUGUCUAACAUCAUAUACCAGAAUUUUACUAUAUUUGAUGAACAAAAUUGAAAAGUUUUUUAUUCAGUGAAUUUAAUAUCUUUCCAGAGUUCUAAGAAGAUAGUUUUUUUUUUAAACUUAAAUUGAUAAAGACUGUAAGAGUAAUUUAGCAGAAAUAGGACCAUGAUGUAGAAAAGUCAUCACAUAACAACAAUCAUAACAUACUUCAGCUUCCAUAUAGGAAUAGAAAUGAUAGACCUGGUGGGAGUAAAGGGAUUUAAGGAAGACUUAUAAAAAAGUUAUGAGAUAAUUCAACAUUGGGUCCACCAAACACUUAGCACAACCUAUAGUUGUCCGAGAAUAUUUGUUGAAAUACAUGUCUAGUAAUGAUCAUGAUUGUGACAGCCUCAAGGUGGAACAUACUGUAGUCUCUUGCUGAGAUGAAGUUAGUCUAAUAAGUCACUGCAGAAAAUUGAUUAAAUGCCUUAUCCUUUUAGUUAAGGCUAUAGAGCCAUUAAGCUAAGAUCAUAUGGUGGCAAGAGUCAAUACAGUUUAAGCUAGAGGUUACUUAGAGGUUAUUAUUUAAGUGUAAUAACAUUUUGUUAUCUCUGCCUAAGACUUAAAAACAUUAACUUGAUUUGUACCAGUCCAUAUUUCCUAUCUUUUGCAAGUUGAACACCCCGCUUGAGCCUAUGUAGGGUCUUUCUUCAGCAACAGACAUUCCACUAAUGAUACCAUGAACCUUUUGAUGUUUAGACCUUCUAAACUUGAGCCUUGGAUAGUCCCAUGAAGAAUCUGAUUUAAUUCUAACCUUUCCUGUGUUUGCUUUGGGUGAAUAACUUGUCUUUUGGAGAAUAGCUUUAAGUGACUUGGUCACUGAUAAAACUCAACUAUUUUGUUGACACCUGUUUCAAUAUUAUUUUGUCUUUGGCCGUAUUUAAAUCUAAGAUUUAAUGGUCUAGUGAAAAAAUUAGUGGAAAGCUUGAAUGUAAAAAAGAAAAAUAUAUGAAAAGGGAAAGUUAAACUAUUUGGAAUGUGGUUUUAUUAUAUUCCUAACAUUUCAAAAUGUAUUACAUAUUCGCUUACAAAUUGGUUUUGUUGUAUAGUUUUUAAAUGUCUAUGCACUAUAAUAAUUAGAAAAUCAUAGAACAUGGCAGCAGCUUGGCUAAUGUUAUUGGAGUUUUUACCAUAGUUGCUAUUGUGGAAGAAAUUAUUUGUUACAUUAAUAAAAAAAAAAGUUGGUGAAACUUGGCUUUAUACCUCAGCAUCAAAAUAUGCAAGACAAAUAUGCUUUCAGAAUAUUUAGCGCAUUAUUUAUAUAUGACGCUAAGAUAAUGACAGCUGUUGAUCAGCCUUUACCACCAUGAAAACAUAGCAGGAUCCCAGUUGGUGAUAGCUAUUUUGAAUGUUAUUAGUUUGGGACUUGGUUGGCAUUUUAUCAUUGUCAUAAUCUUAACUCAUUUAGAUUUUAAAAAAUAGCCUACAGAAGUGCCCACUGUGGUGCAGUGGGUUAAUGAUCAAGCCUAGCUACAGCUAUGGCUUAGGUCAUAUCUGCGGCUCACAUUCGAUCACUGGCCCGGGAACUACCAUAUGCCUUGGGUAUGACCAAAAUGAAAAAAAAAAAAAAAACCCUACAAAAUUUUAAAACAUGAUUUGAUAUUUAAUAAUAAGACAAAAAUCUUGAGAGAAACGAGGAGUUGUAAAGUUUGGGGGUUUACUUCUGCAGCAUUAUGAAAAUAAACUUUAUUAUACUAGUGUGAAAGGAACCCUUCCUUUCUGGAAUUGAAUCUGUGCCAGAGCACUUUAUAUGAUAGUUUGUAUUUAGAAAAUUUUAUGUUGUAAAAAUUGUCAAGUAAUGAUUUUUAAUGGCUUCUUAAUUCAACCAGUGCUAAUAUUCACCCAUCUCACUCCACCCCUGCCUCCUCCCAGCUAGCACUUGAGUCUUACUACACUACUCGUGGACCUUAAACUGCUUCUUGUACCUUGUGGUCCAGUUGUUGUGCCUCAGUGUUGCUGAACUAUUAAUAGCUCUGUGAUGUGUUCUGUGCUGGGGCAGAGCAAAGAGGAGCCAGUUUAUAUUAUUGACCUUCUUUACCCACAACCUCCAGAAUCCCUGAAAAAGUCAUACUAACAUCCCAAAAUCUGAAGAGAAAUAAAGUAAGAGCCUCUCUCUUAACCAAUAUAGACAGUUUAACAAUCAGAAGGGAAAGCAUAGUUCAGGUUUUUUUUUUUUUUUUUUUUUUGAGUCUAGCUAAGUCAUUUUCUUUACAGUCCUUAGUGCCUUUUCCCUAGGCUUUAGAAUAGCAACUAGUAACACCCAGAUCUGAACUCUGUCUUGAAGAAAAAUGGAAAUUGGUUGAAGAUACGGUGGGAAGAGGGUUACAUCACCCAUCCUCUAUCAAGACUUGUAGAAUGUCUUCUGUUGCCUAUGUAAGGUAAACAUGAGUUAAAUAAAAAGAAACAAUGUGAUAACUAGGCAAAA